CAUCGCUCUGUAGUAUCAAUGCUGAAAAGGAAAUAAGGAAUUCGGAGAUGGAUUUUGAUCUUUUUUUAUGUGUGCUGAUUCUUCAGAUCUGCAUAAAACAUGGCGACCAACAUUGACGAUACGGAGUUAAAAGAAGAUAUUGCCGAAAUUAUUAGAAAUGGUGACUUGGCCGUCCUCACCUCGAAAAAGAUUCGAUUAUUAUUGGAGAAGAAAUAUAACACGAAUCUUUCUAGCAGGAAGAAGCACAUCGAUGAUAUUGUAAUGCAAUUAGUCGAUGAACAAUCGGACGAUGAUGUUGGAACUGAUCCAGUUGUCUCUUCUGACUCUUCAAGUAUGACAGAAAAGAAAAUUUUACCCAAGAAAUCAUCCGAAAAUAGCUCACAAUCUGGUCAAUCAGUUGUAGAAGAAUCCGUAAAUAAUGAAGAAAAAUCAAGAAAUAAAGUGAAAGCCAACCAUGUUAAAUCUGAGAAUGAAGAGAGUGAGAGUGAAGAUAGUGUGUCGGAUAUUGAACCUCCUAAACCUAAAAAACAAAAAAGACUUGCUGCAAAAGCUGUAAAAAAAGAAAAGACUACUAAAACUGUUAAAACAGAAAAAGUUGAAGGUGCUAAGAAAAAAACAGGCUUCUCAAUGCCCAUGGUUUUGUCAGCUGAACUAGCAGAAUUAAUGGGCGAAACUCAUAUGGCUCGCCCCGAGGUUGUGAAAAAGAUGUGGCAGAUAAUAAGGGAGAGAAAUUUAUUUGAUCCUUCAGAUAAACGCUUCACACUCUGUGAUGAUCAGUUGCUAAAGAUAAUCGGUAAAAAACGUUUCAACACAUUUGCCAUGAUGAAGUUUUUAAAGAAACAUUUGAAGGAUCCUUCGUUGAUGUGAAGAGGUUAAAAGAUAAUUACGAUAGUGGAAUGAGAGAAUGAGCUAAGUUCAUGUUGUCUAAUGUUUUGUUUGUUGUGUUACGGAAAGAUGAAAGUAUGCAAUGAAUAUUGUUUGCAAGAAUAAAUUGAUGGUAAAGGCAGACUUGCUCACCCAUAGUUCCCCUCCCCAUUUAAGCGCAGACACUGGAAAAAUCACACGUGAUCCUGGCGAGUCAUGUGUGUCAAUCAAAUGAAUAUCAACAACAUAAUUGAUUUUGAAAUACUUUAUUUUUCCCACCAUCAGUUACUAUUAUUGAACACUUUGCUCUAUGCAUACAAAAAAUUGAAAAAACAGUUACAUGUGUUUGUGCGUAAAAACAUUGAUUUUAUCAAAGCUAAACUAUAAUAAGUGAAAGAUCAACAAAGACAUCGCAUUGCAAAAUUUCUAAAUUUGCUUUGAAAUUAAAUUGUAGUAAUAAUUAAUAUUUGUAGCUAAGAGUUUAAAUUACAGUAAAAUUUUGACGUAGUAAUAAAUAUGUUUUGCAAAUUACUUAAUGAGAGAAAUGCAUCAGAAAUUGAGUUCAAUAAAAUAUACACUACCAAAA